AGUCCUGCUGCCCUACAGGAAGGAGAACCAGAACCCAGCAUGUCGGACCAGUCUGCAUUUGAAACAGAUGUUUGGACCCUGACCCGGUUCAUCAUUGAGACGGGCCGUCAGGCUAAGGGAGCCACCGGAGAGCUGACCCAGCUCAUCACCGCCAUGCUGACCGCCAUCAAGGCCAUCUCCUCUGCUGUGAGGAAGGCGGGCCUGGCCCACCUACAGGGCAUGGCGGGCUCUGUGAACGUGACGGGGGAUGAUGUGAAGAAAUUGGACGUCCUGUCCAAUGCCCUGGUGAUCAACAUGCUGCAGGCGUCCUACAGCACCUGCUGCAUGGUGUCUGAGGAGAACAAGGAGCUCAUCGUCACGCCCAAAGACAAGAGGGGGAAGUACGUGGUGUGUUUUGACCCUCUGGACGGAUCCAGUAACAUCGACUGCUUGGCUUCUAUCGGCACCAUAUUCGCCAUCUACAAACGGGUGUCAGAGGAGGAGCCAACGGAGCAGGACGCCCUGCAGCCUGGGAACAGAAUGGUGUGUGCCGGCUAUGCCCUGUAUGGCAGCGCCACCCUGGUGGCCCUCAGCACCGGAGCCGGACUCAACUUUUUCAUGCUGGACCCGGCCAUCGGUGAGUUCAUCCUGACUGAGAAGAACGUGAAGAUUAAACCGAAGGGAAAGAUCUACAGCCUGAACGAGGGCUACGCCAAAUACUUCCACCCCUCCAUCAACGAGUACCUCAAGCACAAGAAGUACCCCCAGGACGGUGGCUCCCCGUACGGAGCUCGGUACGUGGGCUCCAUGGUCUCUGACGUCCAUCGAACCAUCGCCUACGGAGGCAUCUUCAUGUAUCCCGCCAACGAGAAGAGCCCGAAGGGGAAG